CUCGUUCUCGUUUUCACGGCAAAACUCUACUGAGGAAAAACAAAGCAGCGUCGGUUUUUGUGUCUUCUAAAACCGUAAACAGGGCGAGUUCGAUACUUCGUUUGCUACAGAGUUGUAUCACAUUCAGAAGGGCAUCAUAACUUAGGCAGAGUUCUGUACAGGUUUCUGGACUUGGGUUGGCUCCAUAAUCCACAGGACUUUCUUGGGGGUCAGUCAGAUCUGGAAAACUGAAAGGAAGAGUCUUUAGCUAGCCUAGAAGAACCAGAGAGCAAUGAAAAAGGUGAAGCCUUGCAGAAGAAACAGCUCGUUCUCUGCUUGAAGAAGUGUUCUGUAUUUUGUUUUUGGUAAAAGAAAAAAAUGAAAGGUCUUUGCAUUGUGCAUUGGCUUUUCUUGCUGGGUUUGGUUUUCUGGAUUCAUGGAAAUGCAGACCCAGUUGAAGAUAAGCAAGCAUUGCUUGACUUUGUGAACAACCACCCCCACUCUCGCUCUCUCAAUUGGGAUAGCAACACUCCUGUCUGUGACCGCUGGACUGGAGUUACUUGCAGUGCAGAUAAGGCCCACGUCAUAGCCGUCAGAUUGCCCGGAAUCGGAUUGAUCGGCCCGAUACCUCCCAAUACUCUGAGCAGAGUUUCAGAGCUUCAGAUUCUGAGCCUUAGAUCCAAUGUGAUUAAUGGGCAGUUCCCUUCUGAUUUCUCCAAUCUAAAGAACUUGUCCUUCUUGUAUGUCCAGUUCAACAACUUCUCUGGGCCAUUGCCUGACUUCUCUGCUUGGAAGAACCUCACCAUAGUUAAUCUGGCCAGCAAUCAUUUCAAUGGCAGCAUUCCUGAGUCGAUUUCCAAUCUGACUCAACUUUCGGCUUUGAAUCUUGCCAACAACUCGCUUUCGGGUGAAAUUCCUGAUCUUGAGGUGCCUAGGCUGCAGCAGCUGAGUUUGGCCAACAAUAAUCUGAGUGGGAGUGUGCCGAAAUCGUUACAGAGGUUUUCAAGGGCAGUGUUUGAGGGUAACAGCAACCUUUCUUUCGCUAAUUUUCCAGCUGAAGUUCCUCCUGUUGUUCCACCCUCUCAGAAAUCUAGGAAUGGUGGGAAGCUUUGUGAGACUGCAUUGCGGGCAAUCAUUAUUGCUGCUGCUGUUUUGGGCGUUGUGGCGUUUGCAGCUCUGAUACUUGUCGUCUGCUUAAGAAGGAAAAGGGAGGCUGGGGUUUCCGGGAAGUUGCAGAAGGGGGACAUGUCCCCAGAGAAGAUGAUUUCAAGGAAUCAGGAUGCGAAUAAUAGGCUGGUUUUCUUUGAGGGUUGUCAUUAUGCAUUUGAUCUGGAGGAUUUGUUGAGGGCUUCAGCUGAAAUACUCGGAAAGGGGACAUUUGGUACAGCUUAUAAGGCAAUAUUGGAGGAUGGAACGGUUGUGGUGGUGAAGAGGUUGAAGGAUGUAAAUGUGGGGAAGAAGGACUUUGAGCAGCAUAUGGAGAUUGUUGGCAAUAUCAAGCAUGAAAAUGUGGUUGAACUCAAGGCGUACUAUUAUUCCAAAGAUGAGAAGCUAAUGGUAUAUGACUACCACGCUCAGGGGAGCUUCUCAGCUAUGUUACACGGUAGAAGAGGAGAAGAUAGAAUCCCUCUAGAUUGGGAUACACGACUAAGAAUAGCUAUUGGAGCUGCCAGAGGAAUCGCUCAUAUACAUACAGAGAAUGGUGGGAAGCUUGUCCAUGGAAACGUAAAAGCCUCAAACAUCUUUCUCAAUACAGGACAUUAUGGCUGUGUUUCUGAUAUUGGCCUGACAACUAUAAUGAGUUCACUGACUCCACCUGUCUCCCGUGCUGCUGGUUAUCGAGCUCCAGAAGUGACAGACACCCGGAAAGCAGCACAGCCUGCUGAUGUCUACAGCUUUGGGGUUGUGCUGCUUGAACUCCUCACCGGAAAAUCCCCCAUUCAUACUACUGCAGGUGAUGAGAUGGUCCACUUGGUCAGGUGGGUUCAUUCAGUUGUUCGUGAGGAGUGGACAGCAGAAGUAUUUGACUUAGAACUGAUGAGGUAUCCAGGCAUAGAGGAAGAAAUGGUGGAGAUGUUGCAGAUAGCUAUGUCCUGUGUGGUAAGGAUGCCGGAUCAGAGACCUAAGAUGCCGGAUGUAGUGAAGAUGAUCGAAAAUGUGCGGCGGAUGGAUAAUGACAAUCGUGCAUCAUCUGGAAACAGAUCAGAAAGCUCAACACCCCUCGCAUCAACACCACCUCCAGUAGUUGGAACACCACAAUCAGCCUCACAAGAGUGAGCUAUUUGGCAUUUUUCUCGUCUGGUCAUGAAGUUACAUUUUAUCUCAAAAUGUCUUUGCUCCAGUUGAUGAACAAGUUUGUGAUAUUUUUUUUGUCUUUUAAAAUUAAUCAACUUAAUUGAUUCCAUUCAGGGUAGAGUUAGGACACUUUUAUCAAUGUAUUAGUGAUUAUUCAUGGUCAAAUGGCAUUAUCUUUUGGUGC